AUGGCAAGAACAAGACAGACAGCUAGAAAGUCAACAGGAGGACCAGGCACACCAAGGCAUAAUUUGCUAGGUAUUCAGGAGAAUAGAGAAUUGAUGGAAAAGCUCAUCCAAAGAAAUUGCAUGGCCACCAUGAAGAAUUCCUUGCAAAAUGUUGUUCAGGAGGAUAAGCUUGAUAUUCAAACUAAAUUCUCUCCGUACAGAGAUUGUUUGAAGGUAGCAAGAUUGUGGAUAUUGAAGGAUCUUUUACAAAAUCAUUCUUCUGUCAAUAAUAAUGCUGAUGAUCAAAAUAUUACGGCAUCAACAUUGACAGUUUUGCCACUGGAUGUGAAGAUUGAAAUUAUUUCCUUCAUUCCAACCUACUCUAAUGUUUAUGGUGGAGCUACAUAUUAUGAUAAGAGAGGUGCUAUUAGAAAAACCAUCUCCGUAAGGGAUCCAUGGUUUUUCACAUACAUCAAACAUCGAUUGGUUUCACAAUCGGUAAGAAAUCAUUUAGAACAAUCAAUGUUUAAAAGAAUGAAGGAUGAAACUCUUGAUCUUACAGUUUUCCUCAACUCUAUUUCUCCUAUAUUAUAUUCGUAUAGAGUGAAGGUCAUUAAAUAUUUAUUAGAAAUGCAGAAUAAGUAUUUGGAUGAAAAGAGUACUGAUUAUAAAUUCUUCAACCUUCCAACACCAGACACACAGAAACCACUUAAGGAUCCAAUCUAUCCUGAAUUUAGAGAAAUGCAAGAUGAUUCAGAUACUCAAAAUGAUACAACAUCUGUUGAUGAUAAAAUUGAUUUAAAUUCAAUGAAUUUAGAUGAACUAGAGGCCAUUGAGAAGAAUCUUGUUGAAGAGUUGUAUACAACAGUAGGGAAUUUCAAACCUAAAUUCAAAAAGGAAUCUUCACCAGUAAGUACAUGGAAAACAUUGGAAGGAACCCAAAGCACUACAAGAAGAGAGAUACACUCGGCACUAUCCUACUAUGAAGUGUGCCAAACUUUUCAGAAUAUGGACGAGGAUACAGAUGAAGAACUUGAAAUGGCUGAAAUGACAAAUGAUAAUAUGAAUGAUUAUGUAAAAGCCCUCAAAAUUUGCGUUUCAGAUAUGAGUAGCCCACUCCUCUUAGCUGAAAUUGUUUCCAAAUUGAACAAGAUUGAAAGAUUAGAAAUGGAAUGUUAUGAUAUGUAUGAGGGAGGCAGAAAUAUGAUGUUCUUUAUUAAUUAUGUUCACGAAGAAACUCUGGAAAGUUUGGAGAGUGUUACAGUUACCUAUUUCGAAAGACUUUCAGUGAUUGAAAAAGUGCAAGAUAUCCCAACAUCAGAGCGUAGCAUUUAUAUUUCUUCAAUCAACAUGUCAGAUAUCCAAAAGUCUAACAAUCCAUGGUAUUCAACAAAAGGAUUAUUCAGUAUUGUUUCCAAUGAAGGCCAAUGCUCUAUUGAAACUAUGAAAGAUAUUGCCACUUUUGUCCUCACCAGAUAUCCUCCAGCCAUUUUAAAUAUCGAUGACCAAUUGGCCAAUUUUGUUUCUACUCCUAGAAAGUUUGCUAUAUUACAAUAUUUUAUCUAUCUCUGUAAUACUUAUCAUAAUGGUGAGCUUUUCUUGAGUAGUACCCAAAAUUUAUCAGAGAAAAAUGUAGCUCUAUUAAUUCAUAGUGGGUGGGAUAUCUCAAACCAAGUAGUACAAAUUUUCUCAUGUUUGGGACCUGAUUUUGGACAAGUAUUGUUGGAUCACUGGUCACGUUUAUUAAAACAAAAUCUGUGUAAAUUAGAUAUUCCAAAAUUGAAAACAAACCUGGCCACCAUUAUUAAUACCAAUAAGAAUUGUAGAUUAAUGGCCUUCCUUUGCGAACACUGCUCUCCUGAGGAGAAGGUUGAAUUAUUCAAACCUUUCCAAUACGGUUUCUAUGCUGAUCAACAUUUCCAAACAAACUUGGUAAAUAUCAUGUGUGAUGGUAUGGAUGGUGUUGCAUUCUCAUACAUUCUGAAUUAUUUACCUCCUGAGAGCUUGUUGGAAAAAUCGCUAAAAGUCAAAUCAACAAAGAUUCUAUCAGCCACUGCACUCCAUUUUGCAAUUGAAAAUCAAAGAAUUACCAGUGAUUCAAUUGUUACCAUUAUUGAAAAACAGCCUCUCUUGAUUCAUAUUGCUGACAAUGAAGGAAUCACUCCUCUCCAUCAAAUCUGCAUGAUAGCCACAAGAUGGUGUCUCAUUCCUCUCCUCCUCAAAUACAAUGUCGACGUUCAAGCAAAAGAUAUCAAUGGAGAAACUCCAUUAGAUUACCUCAAAAGACAUCAGCCAUUCCACAAAUCUAAAAGACAAAGAAUUACAAUUCCAUUGAUGGUAAACACUUUCUUUGAAACUAUUCGUGAAAUCGGAUAUUUGGCAAUUAGAUUUAUUAAGAAUAUUAAGGAUGCCAUUUCAAAACUUGAUUGUGGAAAACCAGCUAGCGAAUCAGAAACUACUCCUCAUCACCACACUGCCACCAAUCAACAACCAAUCCAAAAUUAUAAUUAUAAUUACAAUGCCACUAAUACCCAAGUAGCAACAACUACAGCAUCAACAAAUGCUAAGCAAGAGGCAAAGAACGAGGACACUGCAGUUCAAUAUCAUCACAAUGACUAUGAUGAUAUAGAACAAGUUGAUCCAAUCCAAGUCCACGUAGAAACAACUAAUCAAAUUAAUCUCAAGCAAGACAAUCCAAAGCAACAAGAAACCAAUGUUUAUGAUAAACAGGAGCCUCUUGCACCUGCUUAUGAAGAACCCAUACGGUAUGAACAACCAAAAAUUGAUCCAGUUGAGUAUGCUCAAAUUGUACUUCCUCAACCAACUCCUAUCGAUGAUAAUGUCCCACGUAUCCCAAGAGUAUUCGUUCCUCAAGCUGUUUCUCCAACUCCAAUUUCGCACGAUACUGUCUUCCCUAAUCAACAAGAUGAUAAUAUUGUGAUUCCUAAUAUUCCACUUCCUGCCAACCUUGUUUAAUAUGUCCAAAAUAAAUCCACUAACUUUUCACUGUUC